GCCUCGCCGGCUUCAGAAGCGUCCGAAGCGGGACGAGGAACGGCGAAGAGCGGCGGUGAGGAUGGGCGGCGGGCGCAAGGCAGGGGUCGCGCUCUUCCUGGCGGCGCUGGCGGUCCUCCUGGAGAGGCGCUCGGUGGUCGAGGCGGCGGCGGCUUGUUCUGGCUGCGGAAAAUGUGACUGCAGUGGAGUCAAAGGACAAAAAGGUGAGAGAGGUUUGCCAGGUUUACAAGGCUUGGUUGGGUUUCCUGGCGUACAAGGACCGGAAGGGCCCCCAGGAUCCCCGGGACUGAAGGGCGAUACUGGAGAACCAGGACUACCAGGAACAAAAGGGACAAGAGGUCCACCUGGUCCAGCAGGGUAUCCAGGAAAUCCUGGCCUUCCUGGCAUCCCUGGAGGAGAUGGUCCUGCAGGUCCACCUGGAAUCCCAGGAUGCAAUGGAACCAAGGGUGAAACAGGUCCUCUUGGUCCACCGGGUAUACCUGGAAUACCUGGAAAUCUAGGACCUCCAGGGCCUCCAGGAAUAAAGGGAGAUGCCGGAGAAUUUAUUGGACUCACUCCCGAUGGUAUACUAAAAGGUGAAAAAGGAUCUUCUGGCCAACCUGGAUUCCCAGGAUUACCUGGAUUAAUAGGUAUUGAGGGCCCUAUUGGACCUCCUGGACCUCCUGGAAGAUCAGGUCUUCCGGGACCACCUGGCCCCCCAGGUCCGAAGGGUCACAUGGGCCUAGGUUUCCAGGGACCAAAAGGCGAUAAGGGUGAACGGGGUGUCAUGGGUCCUCCUGGUCCCCAAGGAACUGCACCGCAUGAGAAAGAGAAAGGGGUCAUAGUCAUCCAUGGAGAGAGAGGUGAUCCUGGUGAAAAGGGUGACCCUGGUCUCCCAGGAUCACCAGGACUGAGCACAAAAGGGGACAAAGGUGAACCUGGGAAUCCAGGUGCACGGGGAAGACCUGGGAAGGAUGGAGAGCCUGGAGAGACGGGAAGAAGCGGAGAGCCUGGCCCACCAGGAUUUCCAGGACUACCCGGUGCAUAUGGUUCUAAAGGAGAUAAGGGUACAACAGGUCCACCAGGACUUCCAGGAAUUGUUAUAGGUACAGGGGAUGAAGAAGUCUAUGGUGAAAGGGGAGAUCCAGGCCCUCCAGGAGUCCCAGGACCAAAAGGCGAACCAGGUCUAAAAGGUUUUCAAGGGUUCCCAGGAUCACCAGGUCCCCCAGGGCAACCCACUCCAGGGAUAACAGGGCCACCCGGCUUUCCUGGGGAGAGAGGAGAAAAGGGUGACCUGGGUCCCCCUGGCCUUCCUAUGUUUGGAGAAAAAGGGAGAGAUGGAUUUCCAGGACCUCGUGGCUUUCCAGGACCUCCGGGCCCACCUGCCACAACAGGUGGAGUUCUGCAGUGCCAGUCUGGUGAGCCUGGUGAGCCGGGCCCUCCAGGGUCCCCAGGUCAGCAUGGCUUCUCAGGAGAAAUGGGAGAAAAAGGUGAUAAAGGAGAAAGCUGCAUUGCCUGUGAUACAGCUGGCUUAAUUGGAUCGCCAGGGCCCCAGGGCCCCCCGGGGGAACCAGGUUUUCCAGGACCUCCAGGUGCUAAAGGUGAUAGGGGCAAUCCAGGUUUUGAUGGCAUCCCAGGAGUGAAAGGUUCUCCAGGUACACCUGGAUUGAUUGGAAGCCCAGGAGCAAAAGGAGAACCUGGAGAUGUUUUCUUUGACUCGAACUUGAAAGGUGAAAAAGGAAACCCUGGUUUUCCUGGAACUGAGGGCACGCCUGGUCGAGACGGAAGCCCAGGGCGCAAUGGUCUGCCAGGUGCCCCAGGACCUAAAGGUGCAUCGGGAACCAUUGGGCUAAAAGGAGACCGUGGCCCACCAGGAUCAACUGGUUUCCCAGGACCCCGAGGAGAGAGGGGUUUUCCUGGUCCUCAAGGAAUUGGGCCUUCUGGACCUCCUGGUGAUAAAGGAGACAUAGGAAUUUCAGGGAUCCCGGGCACUCCUGGACUUCCAGGACCCAAAGGUGAAGCUGGACGUGUUAUUUCUCUGCCUGGUACCCCAGGAGCAGAUGGUGUGCCUGGACCUCCUGGAUUUCCGGGCAUCCAAGGUGACAAGGGUGAUCCCGGCAUCACAGGAAGGCCUGGCCCGCCAGGUGAAAAGGGUCUGACAGGACCUCCAGGAAUAGGGUUUCCUGGGCUUCCAGGACCUAAAGGUUUCCCAGGACAGCCAGGUCCACCGGGUUUACCUGGGGAGAAAGGAAACGCUGGUUCCCAAGGAUUACCAGGUAUAUCAGGACUACCAGGCCAAAAAGGUGAACCAGGACUAGGUCUCCCGGGUCCCAAAGGCUUGCCUGGUCCACAAGGACAAGAUGGUUUCCCCGGAGCAAAAGGUGACCAAGGAUUUCCUGGCCAACCUGGAGAAAAAGGAUUUCCAGGUGUGCCUGGCCAACCAGGUUUGCAAGGUGAUCCUGGUAGUGCUGGAUUGCCAGGUCUACAGGGCUCCCCCGGCGUCCCAGGAAUUGGACCCCCUGGGCCCCCUGGGCCUCUAGGACCAUCAGGCCCUCCAGGACCCACAGGGGUAUCAGGAAUAAAAGGAGAAAGGGGCUAUCCAGGUGUCCCUGGGCUGGAUAUGCCAGGGCCAAAAGGAGAUAAAGGUGGCCAAGGACCACCAGGGCUACCAGGACUGCAAGGGGUGCGAGGGCUACCUGGUGGACAAGGACAAGAAGGGAGACCAGGCAUUCCAGGAAUCAAAGGUGAAAUGGGAGUUAUGGGAACCCCUGGAUUUCAGGGUCCUACAGGCCCUAUAGGAUCCAGUGGACCUCCAGGUGAAAAAGGUGACAUAGGCUUUCCUGGAGCAUCUGGACUCAGAGGUGAUCCUGGAUUAAAAGGCGAGAAGGGUGAAGAUGGUUUACCAGGAAAGCCAGGAUCAAUGGAUCACGUAGACAUGGAAAAUAUGAAAGGCCAAAAGGGGGACCAAGGAGAUAGAGGGCAACCAGGACAAACUGGACAGAGAGGAACCCCAGGAGACACUGGUUCACCGGGAAUGCCAGGCAAAGACGGGGAUCCUGGCUUACCUGGCGAAGCAGGACCAAAGGGGGAUGCAGGCUCACCAGGAUAUCAGGGUGAACCCGGACUUCCUGGACAAAAGGGGUCUAUAGGAGAAAUGGGUCUGCCAGGGCUAUCAGGAGAAAAGGGUGUGCAGGGACUUCCAGGUGAAGCAGGUAGACCAGGCAUUACUGGAGAGAAAGGUCUAAAAGGCGAGAAAGGUCAAGCUGGAUUCCCAGGAAUUGGCUUCCCUGGGGCACCUGGCGAAAAGGGAGAGCCAGGAUGGACCGGUAGUCCAGGUUUACCUGGAGAAAAAGGGGAAAAAGGUGCCCUCGGAAUUGCAGGAAUCCCUGGGUCUCCGGGUACCAAAGGGCAGCCAGGUUUGCCUGGUUCUCCAGGUUCUCCAGGAACGCCUGGCGAAAAAGGUGAACAAGGAUUCCCAGGUGUACCUGGUUUUCCAGGCUUAAAAGGCCAAACAGGAGACACUGGCCCCCAAGGUGCAGCAGGCCUUCCUGGAGAAAGGGGUACAGCAGGUUAUGAUGGAAUCCCAGGCUCACCUGGACCAAAGGGAGACCCAGGGAUCCCAGGUAGAGGACUUCCUGGACUUCCUGGUGCUAAAGGAGACAGAGGUGCAAAAGGAGAUGUGGGUUUCCCAGGAGCCCCGGGAAGUCCAGGGAUCCUUGGUGUCAAAGGAGAACCAGGAUUUGAUGGUCCACAGGGUCCCCCAGGCCAACCAGGAAUUCCUGGAUUACCAGGCAGAGCUGGAGCGGGGCCAAAGGGUGACCGGGGACCUCAAGGUCGACCUGGCCUGCAAGGGUUUCCUGGGCCUCAAGGACCUCCAGGUGUUCCAGGGCUAUCAGGGGAGAAAGGAGAAACAGGACUUCCAGGUUUCCCAGGACCAGCUGGAAGACCUGGAUUGAAAGGAGAUCAGGGAACUCAAGGAAUCCCAGGCAAUGCUGGCUUCCCUGGAGCUGCUGGUCAAAAAGGUGACAUGGGGCCUCCUGGAAUUCCAGGACCUCAAGGUCCAAGAGGUCCUCCAGGAAUCCUUGGAAUCAAAGGAGAACAAGGUGAUCAAGGAUAUCCUGGAGCAAAAGGUUUCCCAGGUCCCCCAGGUCCUCCAGGUGCUUUCACACUUUUGAAAGGUGAACCAGGCUUACCUGGUCUUAUAGGCCAACCUGGCAUCAAAGGAGCACCUGGUCCCCCAGGACCCAAAGGACAACAAGGCGUAACAGGAGCCCCGGGUUUAAUUGGUUCCCCGGGUCAUCCAGGAUUCGAUGGAACACCUGGUCAGAAAGGAGAACUUGGCCCUGUUGGCCCACCAGGCCCAAGAGGCCUCCCUGGUCCACCUGGCCCUGAAGGUUUGCCGGGAUCGAUGGGUCCACCAGGCAGUCCCUCUGUAGCUCAUGGCUUCCUUGUGACUCGGCACAGCCAAACCAUAGAAGAACCAUCAUGUCCAUCUGGGACGCGACUCAUGUUCCAUGGAUAUUCUUUGCUUUAUAUACAAGGAAAUGAGCGGGCCCAUGGCCAGGACUUGGGCACAGCAGGAAGCUGUCUACGUAAAUUCAGCACAAUGCCUUUCCUGUUUUGUAAUAUUAACAACGUUUGCAAUUUUGCCUCAAGAAAUGAUUAUUCUUACUGGUUGUCUACGCCUGAGCCAAUGCCAAUGAGCAUGGCUCCCAUCACAGGAGAAAGCAUCAAACCUUUCAUCAGCAGGUGUGCUGUAUGUGAGGCUCCUGCUAUGGUGAUGGCAGUUCACAGCCAAACCAUUCAAAUUCCACCAUGUCCAGAUGGCUGGAGAUCACUCUGGAUAGGCUAUUCCUUUGUGAUGCAUACCAGCGCUGGUGCUGAAGGUUCGGGGCAAGCCCUGGCCUCCCCUGGUUCCUGCCUUGAAGAGUUCCGUAGCGCUCCCUUCAUUGAAUGCCACGGCAAAGGCACCUGCAAUUAUUACGCCAAUGCUUACAGCUUCUGGCUGGCCACUAUUGAGAGAAAUGAAAUGUUCAAAAAACCGAUUCCUUCCACGCUGAAAGCAGGGGAACUGCACUCCAAUGUUAGCCGUUGCCAAGUCUGUAUAAGAAGAACAUAAUGACUUUCCAGGUGUACUUAAUGUCACAAUAUGGUGCUAUUCUGUUAACAACAGUGACACUUAGGCAUGUAUCAUAUGAUGUACCUCAUUCUUGCCAGGUAUGAAAACAGUCGUGCCUUACCGGAACUUACCUUACUAAGCUCUAUGCUUCCCUGACCUUUUACUUGCUGAAGAGGAGGAAGAUGCAAUGAAGAUAAAUAAGCUUUUAACAGCAUUUUCAGAUAAACAUAUUUUGUAUAUGUGCUGCACUGAUACUUACCCUAAAUCAAGAAGAAAAAUAAACCAAGGUGCUAAGAGCCAUAGAGCUCUGCCUCGUAUGGGCAACUCCCCUUUUCUAUGUGUAAGUAUUAUAUAUAUAGGAAUACGUUAUCAAAUUUUUAUAAUCCCUUCAUAUCUUGAAUCCCAGGCUCUUCCUACUUAAUAUUGUUGUACAAAUUUAUACUAAUAUAAAAAAAAGAGUUCUGGAAAUGGGUAUGACUGAACAGCAGGAUUUCGUAUUGGAAACAGAAGAGGUACUGACAUGCAAACUUUCCUCUCAUUUUAACCGUGUGUCUUCUGGCAAAAGAAAACAGAAUUCUUCCUAGUGAAAUGUGUCCCCCUCUUAGCUUUCUAUGGCCAGUUUUCCUAUGGAACAUAGAAUACUCCAAUAUGUGGGCAAGCAUACAUGUAUUUAGUAUUUAUGCAACAACUUGGUAAUUGGAGCCUUGCCCCCACUCCAUAACCAUUCUCGCCUUAAAUGAAGUGUGAACACCUACUUCUCCUAGUAAAUGUCUAUAAAAUAUAUAUGUUAAAUCUACCAUUUCAUGUAUUUAAUAUUUUCAGGGUUUUAAGCACUAAUAAUACACUGAAUGACUUGACUUUGAACAAAUAAGAAGCUUUAAGAUAUUAUGGAUAGUUCAGACUUUGGAAAAUGUUUAAGACAGAUAUUCCCAGACAAUAAUCAUGCCAAUAUAAAAUAUUUUUUUAAAGGCCAUUCCUUGAUGAUGUACUUCUUAGAAACUAAGAUUUGUAAUAAAACUAUUUGUGUAAAAUAUUGCUUUUAACAAUAGUCAUUACUUUUUAAAAUGUCCUUGUAUAAAAUUCAGUUGUAUUUUA